AUGCCUACCAUUCAACAUAUAACCUCAGCUGCUUUCAUGGCCCUUGCCUUUCAGAUGACCUCUGCCUUGUCCACUCAGGAAGCUAAUGUCACCGUCACCAACUCGACUGCAUGUGCCUCAGUUCAUAUGAUCCUGGGACGGGGCAGUACUGAGACCGUGCCCGGUUCUUUGGAAAGUCUGGUCACCCUGGUCACUGCCGACUUUCCAGAGGCCAAUUACGAGAACAUUGACUAUCCGGCUACUGAUGAGACUACCAGCGACAGCUAUUUUCUCGGCCGUGUGGCUGCCGCUAAGCAAUUAAUUGCCUACCGGGAGAAGUGUCCUGAGUCGAAAAUUGUUGUUCUUGGCUACUCUGAAGGUGCAUUGUGUAUCGAUGAUGCUAUCACAGGUAGCAGUGGAAAUGAGUAUCUUGGCAACGUUUCUCAGCCCCUUGUACCCAUUGAUGUGACACAGUCUGUAACUGCUCUCGUCCUCUACGGAAACCCUCGCCACAUGCCUUACCAGCCCUACAACGUGUUCAAUCUGACUCAAAAUGUUACUGGCAAAUACCCCAAGACUAAGGAGAAAUUGGCUUACUUCAACAAGGCUAUCGGCUCCGCCACUGCUGACUACUGCAAUGUCAACGACAUUGUCUGUGCAUCUGGCACCAGCCUUACUGCCCACGAGAGCUACACCGAUGUUUGGAACUAUGAUGCUGCUGCAUUCAUCAAGUCCAAAAUCCUCGGUAACUAA